CCCGCCUGCUGCGCUCCAGUCCGGGCUUUGUCUCCGCCUCCGCCGGCGGAGCCGCGUCCCGGGGACAGCGGGAGGGCGGCGGAAGACGGAGCGGCAGCAGCGGGAGACAGGGAGAGGGAGAGAGACAGCGGCUCCCACGUCCUCGCCGCGCACAGUCCGAUGCCCGGCAGCUCGAGGCGAGCAGCGACUACGCUUUCCUGCCGUGGCACAGCAAGUACCUCCAGCCUCGGAGUUUUUCUGAAGCAGCCGUCACACCGGGAGCACUUUUGGUAGAGAGGGACCAGGAGACCCCGAAAUGACUUGCCUCCCGAGGCUCCACUGAAGGGGACUUACUGAAGUGGAACCGUAGUGGAAUUUGGGUCUGGAGAGGAGUUGCUAACGCUUUUAUUUUUUUCUUUUUUUUUUUUUUUUUUUAAUUCUUCUCUCUGAUCACUCCCCUCUUCGUCCAUCAUUGGAAAUGAACAAAUUGCGUUUGCAAUUCAGAAAGUAGAAAUAUUAAAUAUACCAUCCCCCGGGAAGCACACAUGUAGUAAUGACAAAGGAUUGCAAAGGAGAGAGUGGCUCCAGUUUCCCAGAGAGAUCCCCUAAAAUGGAUUACUAAAUGGGACACUACAUCAGCUAGUUGUCCUCUAGCUGCCCAGAUACAUGCACCGAAAAGGGUGAAGUGAAGAAGUGAAGCCUCACAGCUGAACUACUAUGAGGUCAGAAGCCUUGCUGCUAUAUUUCACACUGCUACACUUUGCUGGGGCUGGUUUCCCAGAAGAUUCUGAGCCUAUCAGUAUUUCGCAUGGCAACUAUACAAGACAGUAUCCGGUGUUUGUGGGUCACAAACCAGGGCGGAACACCACGCAGAGGCACCGGCUGGACAUCCAGCUUGUCAUGGUCAUGAACAGGACCCUCUACGUUGCUGCUAGGGACCAUAUUUAUACUGUUGAUAUGGACACAUCACAUACAGAAGAAAUUUAUUUUAGCAAAAAAUUGACAUGGAAAUCUAGACAAGCUGAUGUAGACACAUGCAGAAUGAAGGGAAAACAUAAGGAUGAAUGUCAUAACUUUAUUAAGGUUCUCCUAAAAAGAAAUGAGGAUACACUGUUUAUCUGUGGAACAAAUGCAUUCAACCCUUCUUGCAGGAACUACAAGAUGGAUACCUUGGACUAUCUGGAAGAGGAAUUCAGUGGAAUGGCCAGAUGCCCCUAUGAUGCAAAGCAUGCCAAUGUUGCACUGUUUGCAGAGGGAAAGCUGUAUUCUGCCACAGUGACCGACUUCCUUGCGAUAGACGCGGUCAUAUACCGGAGCCUGGGAGACAGCCCAACCCUACGGACAGUUAAACAUGACUCCAAGUGGUUGAAAGAGCCGUACUUUGUUCAGGCAGUUGACUAUGGCAAUUACAUAUACUUCUUCUUCCGGGAAAUAGCAGUGGAGUACAACAGCAUGGGAAAGGUAGUUUUCCCAAGGGUGGCCCAGGUUUGCAAAAAUGACAUGGGAGGAUCUCAGAGAGUGCUGGAAAAACAGUGGACUUCCUUUCUCAAGGCUCGGUUGAACUGCUCAGUUCCUGGCGACUCGCAUUUUUACUUCAACAUACUGCAGUCGGUUACAGAUGUUAUCCAUUUCAAUGGCCGGGAUGUUGUUCUAGCAACAUUCUCCACUCCAUAUAAUAGCAUCCCUGGCUCUGCAGUCUGUGCCUAUGACAUGCUUGACAUUGCCAAUGUAUUUACUGGGAGAUUCAAAGAACAAAAGUCUCCAGACUCCACAUGGACACCAGUUCCUGAUGAACGAGUGCCCAAGCCCAGGCCUGGUUGCUGUGCUGGCUCUACAUCAUUAGAAAAAUAUGUAACAUCUAAUGAGUUCCCAGAUGAUACUCUGAACUUCAUCAAAACACAUCCCCUGAUGGAUGAGGCUGUACCUUCCAUUGUCAACCGGCCCUGGUUCCUGAGAACAAUGGUCAGGUAUCGGCUGACCAAAAUUGCUGUUGACUCUGCUGCUGGGCCAUAUCAGAACUAUACCGUGGUUUUCUUGGGGUCAGAGAAGGGAAUCAUCCUGAAGUUCUUGGCACGGACAGGAAACACUGGUUUCCUAAAUGACAGCCUUUUCCUGGAGGAGAUCAAUGUUUACAAUCCUGAAAAGUGCAGCUAUGACGGCAUGGAGGACAAACGGAUCAUGGGCAUGCAGCUGGACAAGCCCAGCAGCGCCCUGUACAUCGCCUUCUCCACCUGUGUCAUCAAGGUUCCCCUGGGGCGCUGCGAGCGUCACGGCAAAUGCAAAAAGGCCUGCAUAGCAUCCCGGGACCCGUACUGCGGAUGGGUGAAAGAGAGCGGGGUGUGCACACAGCUGGUCCUUGGCUCCAAACUGGCAUUUGAACAGGACAUAGAACGUGGCAACACAGAUGGCCUGGGUGACUGCCAAAAUUCCUUCGUAGCCCUGAAUGGACACUCCAGUUCCCUAGUCCCAAGCACCACCACUCCUGACUCUCGCGCCCGACAGGGUUAUGAUGCUAGGGGACGCAUGCUGGAUUGGAAGGAUCCGUUUGGUUCAUCUGAAAACACAGAUCCAUAUGUGGCAGUUUCAUCCCAUAAUCAUCAAGACAAGAAGGGAGUGAUUCGGGAGAGUUACCUGAAAGGUCAUGAUCAGCUGGUGCCAGUCACCCUGUUGGCCAUUGCUGUUAUUCUUGCUUUUGUCAUGGGGGCCGUCUUUUCGGGAAUCAUUGUGUACUGCAUCUGCGACCACCGCCGCAGAGACAUGGCCGCUGUGCAGAGGAAGGAGAAGGAGCUGACCCACUCUCGCCGCAGCUCCAUGAGCAGUGUUUCCAAGCUCAGUGGCCUCUUUGGGGAUGCUCAGUCCAAGGAGCCAAAGCCUGAAGCUAUCCUCACGCCCCUGAUGCACAAUGGCAAGCUGGCUACCCCAGGCAGCACUGCCAAGAUGCUAAUCAAAGCUGACCAGCACCAUCUGGACCUGGCUGCCCUGCCAACCCCUGAGUCCACCCCAACCCUGCAGCAGAAGAGAAAGCCCAGCCGAGGCAGUAGGGAAUGGGAGAGAAACCAGAACCUCAUCAAUGCCUGCACAAAAGAUAUCCCCUCGAUGGCCUCACCAGUGAUCCCAACUGACCUGCCACUCAGGGCUUCUCCCAGCCACAUCCCCAGCGUUGUGGUCCUGCCCAUAGCCCAGCAAGGCUACCAGCAUGAGUAUGUUGACCAGCCAAAAAUGAGCGAUGGGGCUCAGAUGUCUGUGGAGAACCAGAAUGCCACCCUUGAGUACAAAACUAUCAAGGACCACCUCAGCGGCAAAAGCCCCAGCCAUGGAGUUAACCUGGUGGAAAAUCUCGACAGCAUGCCACCAAAAGUCCCCCAGCGGGAGGCUUCCCUGGGGCCCCCAGGCGCCUCGCUGUCACAGGGCGGGCUGAGCAAGCGGCUGGAUAUGCACUCCUCUGCUUACAACGUGGACUACAAGAGGAGCUACCCCACAAACUCACUCACAAGAACUCACCAGGCAUCAACCCUCAAAAGAAACAACACUAACUCCUCCAACUCAUCCCACCUGUCCCGCAAUCAGAGCUUCGGCCGGGGUGACAACCCGCCGCCGGCCCCACAGCGCGUGGACUCCAUACAGGUCCACGCUGCUCAGGCACAGGCUGUGACUGUAUCCCGGCAGCCCAGUCUCACUGCCUACAACUCACUGACCAGGUCAGGCUUGAAACGCACGCCCUCGCUAAAGCCAGAUGUACCUCCCAAACCUUCCUUUGCUCCGCUUUCCACAUCCAUGAAGCCCAACGAUGCAUGUACAUAAUCAGAGGGGGAGGGGGACUGGGAGGAGGAUGGCAAGUCCUCCUCCUAAGCAGAAGUUGUCCUUGAAAGCCAGUGUUCUGCAACUGUUAUCACUCGCUCCUCUGAGAAGCUCCUCUGAGAAGACGGUUGUUGCAAGCUGAAGAUGUGUUGUAUUUCUGCUCUCUGGGAAAAGUGGAAUAUUUUUUUAAACCCGAGCCAUAUGACCCAUGGUUGAAGGUUUGCAAUUGCAGGAUUCGCCCCCACAGCCUGACAGUUCUUUGCUCAAAAGACUAACCCUCCAUCAAAAACAUUGAGCCAAAAGCACACAGGUGAAAAUGACUGUGACAUUUCACCCCCUGCCCCUUACUGCACAGUGCAUUCCUGAACUGGGAAAGAGUGCUCUGAAAAGCAAAACAAAUGUAAAAAACAUAAAAAUGUAAAAAAAAAAAAAAAAAAAAAAAAGAAAAGGAAAAAAAAUUUUAAAAAGGAAGAAAAAAAAUAAAAAUAAUCAAUUGAUAAAGCUAACUCUGACUUAACAAUGGCAGAGGUUUACCACUAGCAGGUACUGUGAAAUGAUGCCCUUCAGUGUUACAGUCAUUCUGUCAUAGCAGUUAAAUGCCAGCUUGGGCAAACUAUGUCAUAGAUUUCUGCUACCCUCCUCUUUUAACGAAUAACAUGUGACUGUUAACACAAGUAACUCCUCUUAUUUAUUGUUCGACUUUUGUUUUUCUUAAGGAACUGACCUACAUUAUCAUCCCGUGAGCAGCUUUUCAGAGAAGUACCUUGAAAGUUAUACCUAUUUAACGUGAAACCCAUUAACUGGAGUAAUAAGAACUCUUUUAUUUUUCCAAGAAAUUCACUGAGUUAGAUAUGUUGGAGCUGGAUUUAUGAACUUUGUGCCUGGACUGCCUGGUUAGCUGAACAAAAAAGGGGAUAUCUAUUUAAGUCUCUCAGCUAAUUAGCUGGCUGGGCCUCUGACCUAAGACAGCAACAAAUACUGCAAGUUCAUAACUUCUAAAGCAGCUGCAAGAGAAACUUAAAAAGCUGCACAUCUGUGCACCAUUGCUAUCAACAUGGCUUUGUCAGUAGCUAAUACUUUCUGUGAAGGCACCAGCUUGUGAUGUGCCAUCUCAUUUCACCUUGCAUGUGAGACGGCAAACAAAAUCCUCAAACAGUGUGAACUAGCUAAUAUGCCGGCUGUUACCAUGCAUAAAUUAUGGUCUUAUCACACGGGUUUUUCGUGGGAAUAUAUCUGUGAAUAGCCUGUUUUCUUCCACAUGUAAAUUUGUGCCUUACACCCUCAGUUGUGUAUAUUUGUGAGCUGUAGUAUGUAAAACCUUUUUCUUUUUCCCCUUUGAGUAAUGCAAAUAUUUAUUGAUCCUUCCUCCUCCAAGCCCCUUCAAUAACUGGAGUAAAGACAUUGAAAGAAAAAUGUGGUGGUUAUUUUCGUAACCCCACAUCCCUAAAGAAAUUAGGCUAGCACCAUACCCUCCAAAUUUGACUUUCUAGCUGUGCCAAGUCCUCUCUCAAAACCACCCACAGGUGGUGAUGCUCCCAAGGCACCAUGCUGGGGGUUCUGCCUUCCCCCACCUCCCGCUCUCCCUUUACAGCAUGUCAGCGUGGAGAUCGUUCUCACUGGCAGCAGGAAAACGACAAAGAGCCUUGUCCAUGGAGCUGGCACCUCCCCUGGCUGGGGACAGCACUCGUGAGAGGGGCCGAGCCCUGCAGAAAGCCCAGCCACACAUCCUGCAGCAUGCAGGGCACAUGGAGCUAGGACAGGCAGGCAGGCUCCUGCUGUAGCUACCUGCUGCUCCAGAAGGAUGCUGCAUAUACUUCUUUGGGGAAAAACGCGGGUUUUUUUUUUUUCCUUUGUUUCUUUUGUGUGACUGUGCAUGUAGCUAGUGUGGGAGUGUGCGUGCGCACAGGUGUGUGCGUGUGUGUGCGCACACGGGUGUGUAAGUUCCUUUCAAGUCUUUCCGUUUAUGCAAAAAUGUAGCUGUGUUUUUAAUCUGUUACAAUAACUGUGUCAACAUACUGUAGAAAAAUGAUGGGGAUCGCUUCUAAGCUUUUUAUAUAUAUAUAUAUAUAUAUAUAUCUACUGAACAGUAUGUUUGAGUAAGGUGGUUGUUUCUGUUUCAAUUUGUUUUUAAAAAUUUUAUACUUCCAUUUGUUUUUCAGGGUUUUGGUUUUGUUCCUGAAUGAUUGAAAAGACAGAUUUUAAGUCCACUAGCUUAUAGAUGGUAUAUAUAAGGUCUGGAUGGUCUACACCAAAGUGUGUAACAAGGGUGCUUGCAUGUUCUUUCAUUUCAUCAUGGCUUCUUUUAUGAAACAGUUUUGUCCACCCGUAGUGAACUAUGCAGACUGGAGUAGAUAGAUCUGUAUCCAAAGCAAUGUUGUUGUUUUAAUAAAAACAAACUGAAAACCCUUUGAAAACAGUAGGUAGCAAGGUAAUUUUUUUAAAAAAAGAACCAACUCAACACCUUUUUACCAAGCUCCAACCCCUGAAGCAGGGUUCCCUUGAUAUUAUCCCUCAAACCGUUCUCCCAAGACACAGAGAUGGAUAAUCGUGGCAACAGCUUGUGCAGCGAUCUGCCUUCACAAAGUACACCACAGUUACUGGGUUGACCUUGAAAUGUUCAUUUUGUGUUCGUUUGUGUUCGGGUCUUCUGUUUUCAUCCUUUCCCAGCCCCAGCUCUCUUCCACCCUCUGUUCUGAGGGGUUCAUGAACCUAUGUGUGCCUUUGCUUUCCACCCUUGCUAGACACUCGUAGAUGCAACAAAUUCAGACUCUCAUUUGUUGUAAAGUUGUAAAGUAUUGUGCUGUCACCAGUUUCCCUUCAUUUCCACAUCCCCCUAACAUAUGAUUUACAACUUAAUGUCGGUUGUAAAAGAAACAAUAAAGGCAGGAAAGGAAAGGAAAAAGGAGGAGAGAUAGGAAAUAAAAGCUCUUGAUUAUAUAUGGUAAUAAAACCAGACUGUUCUACCUUG